AUGUGCACGUUAGAGAAGCGCGGCAACCUUUUUAUCCUAACCUUAACCGGCGACAACAAAGAUGAGCAUCGCUUAAAUCCGGAUCUCAUAUCAUCGAUCCGCUCCGCUUUGGCUGAAGCCAAGUCACAAGCCGUCGCCGGUUCCGUUCUUAUCACGGUGGCUCAAGGGAGAUUCUUCUCCAAUGGAUUUGACUUAAGGCACGCUCAAUCCGUCGGCGCUAAAUCCGGAUCGAUUCAAGCAUCCCUGGAUGAAGUAGUCCGGAUGGUCAACCUCUUCAAGGGCGUUGUCUCCGAUUUUCUAACCUUACCCAUGCCCACAGUCGCCGCCGUCGGCGGUCACGCCGCUGCUGCCGGAUUGAUGCUAGCCAUGAGCCACGACUAUAUCACCAUGACUUCAUCAAGGAGUGUGAUGUACAUGAGUGAGCUGGACAUAGGGAUGACCUUGCCCGAUUACUUCACGGCUCUAAUACGAGCCAAGAUCGGAUCGGCUUCAGCACGGCGCAAUUUGAUGUUAAGGGCUGCAAAAGUGAAGGCUGAUGAGGCAGUAAAAAUGGGGAUCGUAGACUCGGCGUACGCCAGCCCUGAAGAGGCGGUGGAGGCUGCAAUGCGCAUAUGUGAUGAUUUGGCUAAAAAGAAAUGGGAUGGUAAGGUUUAUGCAGAAAUAAGAAAGGCUUCAUAUCCAGAGCUAUGUGGGCUUUUGGGAUUGAAAGAUAAGGCGAUUUUACCUUCAAAGCUUUGA